AUGACUGAUAGAGUCAUUCAUCGAGUAUCCCUUGAUGAUUUGAAAUUGGAGUGUCAAAAAUUUGACUCCAAGGAUGAUAUCAAACCAUGGCUACAAGACAAUCUACAAUCUGCUAAAGGCAUCAAUGUGGUUAUAGAGCGAUCUGAUACUUCAAAAAUAAUCUUCAAAUGCAAAAAUAAGGAAAAGAAAACAAAAAUUGUGGAGUCUAAGAAACCUUCGUCUAAAACGAUAAUUCGAAAGCAUACUAGUUGUCCUUUCAAAAUUAGAGCCAACUAUAGUGUGAGGAAUAAAGUUUGGACAUUACUGAUAGUCAGCGACGAACAUGAUCACGUGGUAGACCUCCCACGACUGUAUGUCAAUAAGAAUUCAAUAAGUAAUACCAUAUCAGAGGCUUCUUUGAAUGUGACUGAUUCGUUAUCAGCGCCUGUGACUGUGCUAGCUUCUAGUGCACCGAGGUUGAAUAAGAAAGGAUUAAAACCGAAAUCAGCAAAGAUCAAUAACUCCAUAGUGACAUCGUCCCCGCCCAAUGGUCUGGUUAAACGAAAUGAAAAUAUGGAUGCAUCUAAUAUUUCCCAUAAAAAGACGAGGAAUCCAGCUAGGAAAUCGUCUUCACAAAGUACCAGGAGUUCACUGAGUAGUGAUGGAAGUUCUAUAGCCAGCUUUGGAUCUACAACCUCCCAAUCUAGUCUGUCGUCCAUAUCAGAAAGCUAUAAGGGCCAAGCUCCAACAUCUAUGGGUCUGAUGAUAGUUCAGGAAAAUUUAAGUGGAAAGAAAUCGAAACCUGUUACAACCCACCCUGUGAAAAGGAAAAAUACAAAAACAAGUACUUUAAAGAAAACCAAAAAAUUAAAACCAAAUCCAAUUGUUGUUUCUCCCAUUGAAGAAGACCUGAGUUUAGAUGGAUUUGAUGACGCAGCCAUCAACCUACAGCGACCGCAAUCACUACAAUCUCCUUUAUCUCAAUUAGUACAGAAUCAAGAUCCUAUUUCUUUGGAACAAAACACCGAGGUACCUACAACUUACCCUCAGCAAAGACAUUCAAAACAACUGCCGUCAUUAUCGAAAAAAAAUCAACACCAAGAUAUACCACUUCAACCACAAGAACACAGUAGGACUUUGCAAAAUUUCCCGUUGAACCAAUUUAAUACUGCUCAAAUUCUCCAGAAUGUACAACAAAUAGUUAGGGAAACAGUGAAACUGGAGAUUUUGGACAGUCCAAAUAUUGACAAUACUUAUAAAACUGAUAUGAUGGAUUCGUUUGUCUCUCUGGUCAUUUUGGAUUAUAAAGACUAUUUGAGCUCACAAUUUUUGUUUUCGUUGAAGCAAAACCUAUACGAUAGACGAGAAGCUACUCAUGCCAGUGUUGGGCUUGAACAAAACGGUUCCAAUGAAAACCUUUUUGAUGAACAAUCACAUCAGAAGCACAAUCAACAACACAAUGAAAAUCAAUUUCUGUAUCAGCAGCAAAUCCAAAGCCAGCGACAGAAUCAAAAUCAAACUCAAACUCAAACUCAAACACCAGGACAAAAUCAGAAUCAAAACGAUGGUCAACCCCAAAUUCCUAUACAAAGUCAAACUCCACAGGAUCGUAAAUCUGCCAUGCAACAAAAUUGGCUUCCAGGCUCAACGCCUGGAGUUGGUGGGUUGAUCAGAUUGUCACCAUUGCUUAACGAUAAUGAUAAUAAUGAGUAUGCUGCAGUAGCGGCAGCGGCAGUAGUUGGAUCAAACUCGGGUAAUCCAAGCGCUAAUUCUUUGGAAAAUUUCACACAUUUACCAGGGAUUAAUUCCAGUACACUAAACUAUUUAAUGCAAUUACCACAUCCUUCUACAAAUUCAAACUCAGGAAUGGUCUCGGCUAGUCAGCCUUCUUCUUCAAUGUCGUUGCAAACACACCAGGGGCUACAACAGCAGCAGCAACAACAACAACAACCGAUGUUUUCUUUGCAGAAUCUGGGGCAACAGUUACCCCCAUUGAGUUCGAUACCUAAGUUACCAUCAAGUAAUAACGCUAACGUAAAUUUGAAUCCAUCAAGUACAUUACCACAUCCAUUGAACAAUCCUGGUCCAACCCUAAAUCCUUCGUCAUUAUUAAAAUCUACAUCCAGAAAUAGUACUAAUUCUGGAAAUAAUAAUAUCAAUAAUAUCAAUAAUAACAGUAAUAGUGCGUUUAAUAGCAUUUUUUUAAAUUCAUCAAUAACUACUAAUCCUGCAUUUAUCUUUAAUAGUCAUACCAAUCCUACUAAUCCCAACCAGAACAUGGUUAAUUCUAUGAUGACAACAAAUCUGAAUAAAGAUGGUACUUCUACUGGUAAUAAUAACAGUAGUGGUAAUACAGGUAACAAUUUGUUGAAUGAUAUGCCUAAUUAUGGACCUGGUUGGUAA